GAGUAUGCUAAGCUCGAACUGCACAAGUAUACAAGUCGAGCUUAACGGGUUAGACUUGAAACAAGGUGGCGAGUAUGUGGGGACCCGCAUGUAUCGGGGACGGAGUUUGUGGCAUUCUCCGGGCUCUAACAGAGUAUGGUAGUUCCCAAGGACAUUCCUACGGAUACUCUUUGAGCAGCACUACUGGACAUGGGUAGCAUCGCAGAUCUACACGCAAAAACUUACGAGAUAGUGAGGAUGAUUCCCCCGGGUCAUGUCACAUCUUAUGGUCAUAUUGCAAAACUGGCUGGUUACCCGCGAUAUUCCAGACACGUUGGCAAUGCACUGAGAGAUCUGCCCGCGGGCAGCACCGUCCCAUGCGUGUCAUAUCCUCGACUGGUCAGAUUUCUCCCCGUGGCGAUGAGGGUCAAGCUGUCGCGCGGCAGAAAGCUGCACUGGAGGAAGAUGGGGUGGAAGUGGAACGCAUGAGGGGCACGAAUGGCGAGCGAGUGAAUUUCGCAAGAUUUGGCUGGUUCCCCGACUCGGUCGAUCUUGU